AUGCUAAGAUCUAUUUUCCGUACUGUAACGCCCGUAGUCUCCACUUUUAGAACUGCUUCUUCCUCGUUGGCCGGUAGACGUAUUUGCACCAGAUUUGUCACCCCUGUUCGUUUAUACUCCAGCGAAUCUGUGGACAAGAACGAGAUCACUACCAGGGUGAUUGAUGUCAUCAAAGCGUUUGACAAGACUGCUGCUUCAAAGGAGGUUUCCCCUCAAACGGCCUUCCACAAAGAUUUGGGAUUGGACUCGUUAGAUACAGUUGAAUUGUUGGUCGCCAUUGAAGAAGAAUUCGAUAUUGAGAUCCCAGAUAAGGUCGCUGAUGAACUAAAGAGUGUUGGAGAGACCGUCGAAUACAUUGCUUCCAAUCCAGAAGCUCACUAG